CGAAUUCCAUCAUCAUCAAAUGUGGGGUUAAGAGCGUUCACUGCCACAUGCAUUUUUCCAUGCCUGAGUCUGACUGUGAUUUUCCAAGAAGUUGCCUGAAAUGUACCUCCAAUAUCAUUACAAUGUUCAAUUAAAUGGUAGCUUUGGCAUCAUCAUGAGCUUAAAAAUAAUGGAGUUUCUUUCUUUUCUAGUUACGUUUGUUGUUUUGAGACUCUCUCUAUCCAGAACAACGUUUGCUGUGGUUGAUACCAUUAGACCUUCAGAAUUUAUAAGACACAACACAACUUUGGUAUCUGGAGAAGGACUUUUUGCACUGGGAUUCUUUUCUCCAGGUAGUUCAAAGAAUCAUUAUCUGGGAAUUUGGUAUACGAACAUCCCAGUUCAGACUGUUGUUUGGGUUGCAAACAGGUGUGAACCGAUCAACGAUUCAUCUGCCUCAUUGACUAUAGACGACACAGGAAAUCUUGUGCUUUAUGGACAGAAUAAGAGGAUCGUUUGGCCUACGAACUCAACGAAACAAGCCCGGGAACCACUGGUUCAGCUCUUGGAUAAUGGUAAUUUGGUUUUAAGAGAUGAGAAAGAUGAAAAUACAGAGAACUAUUUGUGGGAAAGUUUUGAUUAUCCUACUGAUACGGCCCUGCCCGGAAUGAAAUUUGGAUGGGACUUGAGGAGAGGUCUCAAUAGGCGUUUAUCAGCAUGGAAGAGUUGGGAUGACCCCUGUGAUGGAGAUUUGACUUAUGGGAUGGAGCUUGAUGAACGACACCACACAUACCCUCAACUAAUUAUGCGUAAAGGGUCUGCAAAAAAUUUUCGAGCUGGGUCAUGGAAUGGCAUAAGUUUCGGCGGAAAUCCUGAUGCGGGGAGGGCAAACGCACUUUUCGAGUACGGGUUUGUGUACAACGAUGAUGAAGUUUACUAUGUUUAUGAGCUCAAAGGUAAGUCAGUGAUCUCAAAAAUGGUCAUGAACGAAACGUCAGUGAUCACAAGAGGGGUCCUCAACCAAACAAAAAGGGUGGCAGAAUUCUUGGUAUGGAUAGAAUCAAAGAAAAUUUGGGAGACCAAUACCUCAGCUCCAAGAGAUAAGUGUGAUGUUUAUGGCUUAUGUGGAGCUAAUUCAGUAUGUGUCGAAACAAAUAAUCCAGUUUGCCAAUGUCUAAAGCGUUUUAAGCCUAAGAAUCAAGAAAAAUGGAAGGAGAAGUCCUGGUUAGAAGGGUGUGUGAGGAACAAUCCUUUGAGCUGCCAUGAUAAGGAGAAAGAUGGGUUCAUUAGAUUUUCUAACUUGAAAGUGCCUGAUACUGAAUAUACUUGGGUGAAUAAGAGUAUGGAUCUAGAGGAAUGCAGGGUUAAAUGCUUGAGCAAUUGCUCUUGUAUGGCUUAUACAAACUUAGAUAUCAGUGAAAAAGGCCGUGGCUGCGUGCUCUGGUUUGGAGAUUUUUUUGACAUAAGAGAAUUUCAGUUGGGAGGACAAGAUCUAUAUAUUCGAAUGCCUGCUUCUGAAAUAGCAAGAACUGAUGUUAAGGUCAAGGUGGGGAGAGCACUCAUAAUUACAGCUAUCAUCGUCGCAUUAGUUGGUGGCAGGUAUCUAGUUGGCUUUUACAUUCACAAGAGGAGAAACUCUUAUGACACCAAUACUUUCUUUGAGAGAAACAAAACCCAAGAUGAAGACUUGGAGCUUCCAUUGUUCGAUAUGCAUACUAUUAGUACUGCCACUAAUAAUUUCUCAGAAAACAAUAAGCUUGGAGAGGGUGGUUUUGGACCUGUAUACAAAGGUUUGCUUGAAGGAGGGCAAGAAAUUGCUGUGAAGAGGCUAUCAAUGUGUUCAGGACAAGGAGUUGAUGAGUUCAAAAAUGAAAUUAAGCUAAUUGCUAAGCUUCAACAUCGGAAUUUGGUAAAAAUAUUUGGUUAUUGCAUUCAUAGAGAAGAUAAACUAUUGAUUUAUGAGUACAUGCCCAACAAAAGCCUUGACUAUUUUAUUUUUGAUGAAAGGCAAAGCAGACUAAUACUAUGGCCUAAGCGCUUCGAAAUUAUAUGUGGAAUUGCUAAGGGGCUUCUCUAUCUACAUCAUGAUUCCAGAUUGAGAAUUAUACAUCGAGAUCUCAAAGCUAGUAAUGUGUUACUUGAUGAGGCGAUGAUCCCCAAAAUUUCAGACUUUGGCUUGGCUAGAGCUUUUGGUGGAGACCAAAUAGAAGGAAACACAAACAAAGUAGUAGGAACCUAUGGUUAUAUGGCGCCAGAAUAUGCUUUCAAUGGAUUAUUCUCAAUAAAGUCUGAUGUAUUUAGCUUUGGCAUAUUGAUGCUAGAGAUAGUAAGUGGAAAGAAAGGUAGAGGCUUCUACGAUGAAAAUAGUAGUCUCAACCUCGUUGGAUUGGCCUGGACUUUGAUGAAGGAAGGCAAUGCAUUUGAGCUUGUUGACAAGUGCUUGUUAGAAGAUCCAUACAACAACAUGGAAGAAGCAUUGCGCUGCAUCCACAUCGGUCUCUUGUGUGUGCAACAAAAUUCUAUUGAUAGGCCGAACAUGUCUUCUGUUAUUCUAAUGUUGAGUGGCGAGAGAGUAUUGCCUCAGCCCAAACCACCAGCCUAUUUUGCUGACACAGAUUUGUGGAAAGGAGAUCAUUCUUCAUCUGGUAAAACCCUGUCAUGCAAUACAUGCAUUACCGAUGUUGAACCGAAAGUGGUUGCUUAUUCACCAGCAAUGCUCUUCAUGAAAGGUACACCAGAUGCUCCUUCAUGUGGUUUCAGUGAGGCAAGGACUGAUCAAAGUCUUUUCAAACUAGCCAACCUUAUCUCAGCUUUAUUACAAAGCAUUAUGAUGUUGUAUGCAUCAAUGUUGGUAGUUGGUCGAGCAUGUGAUAUGUACUGGCCACAAGUAGUUAGUUCUGCUAUCAAUAAAAUAAUGGAAUUCCUUUCUUUUCUGGUUACGUUUGUUGUUUUGAGACUCUCUCUAUCCAGAACAACGUUUGCUGUGGUUGAUACCAUUAGACCUUCAGAAUUUAGAGGACAUAACACAACCUUGGUAUCUAAAGAAGGACUUUUUGAACUGGGAUUCUUUACUCCAGGCAGUUCAAAGAAUCGUUAUCUGGGAAUUUGGUAUAAGAACAUCCCAAAUCAAACUGUAGUUUGGGUGGCAAACAGGUGUGAACCGAUCAACGAUUCAUCUGGCUCGUUGGCUAUAGACGACACAGGAAAUCUUGUGCUUUACGGACUAAAUAUGACGGUCGUUUGGUCUACGAACUCGUCAAAACAAGCCCGGCAACCACUGGUUCAACUCUUGGAUAGUGGUAACUUGGUUUUGAGGGAUGAGAAAGAUGAGAAUACAGACAAGUACUUGUGGGAAAGCUUUGAUUAUCCUACUGAUACGAUGAUACCAGGAAUGAAAUUGGGAUGGGACUUGAGGAGAGGUCUCAAUAGGCGUUUAUCAUCAUGGAAGAGUUGGGAUGACCCCUGUGAUGGAGAUUUCACUUAUGGGAUUGAGCUUGAUGAACCACACCAUUCAUACCCUCAACUAUUUAUCCGUAAUGGGUCUGCAAAAUUCUUUCGUGAAGGGCCUUGGGAUGGCAUCAGUUUCAACAGAAUUUCUAAUAAUGGAUCAGUUCCUUUGCACGAGACUAAUUACGAAUUUGUGCACAACGAGGAUGAAGUUUACUUCACUUACAGCGUCAACAAUGAGUCAAUGAUCUUUAGAAUUGUCCUGGGCGAAAGAAUUGAAUACAAAAAAUGGAAAGAAGAAGACAAAAGUUGGAGUUCUUAUUACUCAGUUCCAGGAGACAAGUGUGACAAGUAUGGCAUCUGUGGGGCUAAUUCAGAAUGUGUCAUUAACGAAGUGAAUAAGCCAAUCUGCCAAUGCUUAGAAGGUUUUAAGCCAAAGAAUCAAGAAAAUUGGAACACGAUGUACUGGUCAGAAGGUUGUGAGAGAAUCAGUUCUGUGAGCUGCGAUGAUAAAGAUGAGUUCCUUGAGUUAUCUCACUUGAAAUUGCCCGAUACUCAAUCUACUUGGGUGAAUAAGAGUAUGAAUCUAGGCCAAUGCAAGACUAAAUGCUUGAGCGAUUGCCCUUGCAUGGCCUAUAGUUAUACACACUCAAAUAUCAGUGAAGGCUCUGACUGUGUCCUCUGGUUCGGAGAUCUGUUUGAUAUUCGACAACUUCCUUAUGGUGGAGAAUCUAUAAAUAUUCGAAUAGCUCCAAAAUAUAAUUUGGAAAAAGCAACUGAUGGUAUGGACGAGGAGCAAGGAUCAGUGAUUAUUAUGGUCAUCUCCCUCUUGGUCGUAUUAUUAUCUGGUGGUUUUUUGUAUAUUGGUUUUUACAUGCGCAGGAUGAGAUACAUUAAUGCCAUUAAUAAUUUUUCUGGGAGAAACGAAAGCCAAGAUGAAGACUUGGAGCUUCCAUUGUUUGAUCUGCAUACAAUUAGUACUGCCACUAAUAAUUUUUCAGAGAAUAACAAGCUUGGAGAGGGUAGUUUUGGACCUGUAUACAAAGGUACACUCGAAGGAGGUCAAGAAAUAGCUGUGAAGAUGCUAACAAUGUGGUUUGGACAAGGAGUUGAUGAGUUCAAAAGUUUAAUUAAACUAAUUGCUAAGCUUCAACAUCAGAAUCUUGUAAAGAUAUAUGGUUAUUGCAUUCAUAGAGAAAUAAAACUAUUGAUUUAUGAGUACAUGUCCAACAAAAGCCUUGACUAUGUAAUUUUUGAUGAAAGGCAAGACAAACUAUUGGAAUGGCCUAAGCGCUUCCAAAUUGCAUGUGGAAUUGCUAAGGGGCUUCUCUAUCUUCAUCAUGAUUCUAGAUCAAUUAUACAUCGAAAUCUCAAAGCUAGUAAUGUGUUACUUGAUGAAGAUAUGAAUCCCAAAAUUUCCGACUUUGGCUUGACUAGAACUUUUAAUGGAAACCAAAUUGAAGGAAACACAAACAUAGUAGGAACUUUUGGUUAUAUGGCACCAGAAUAUGCCUCUGAUAGCCUGUUCUCAAUAAAGUCCGACGUAUUUAGCUUUGGCACAAUGAUGCUAGAAAUCGUAAGCGGAAAGAAAAGUAUAGGCCUUUACGAUGAAAAUAAUGAUCUUAACCUCUAUGGAUUUGCAUGGACUUUAAUGAAGGAAGGUAACAAAUUUAAGCUUAUCGACAAGUGCUUAUUAAAAGAUCUAUCCAACAAUGACAACAUGGAAGAAGCAUUGCGUUGCAUCCACAUAGGCCUCUUGUGUGUGCAACAAAAGCCUAUUGAUAGGCCUAAUAUGUCUUCUGUUAUUCUAAUGUUGAGUGGUGAUGAAGUGUUGCCUCAACCUAACCCACCAGCAUAUUUUACUACCACGGAUUUGUGUGAUGGAAAUCAUUCCUCCUUAGCUCAACCCCCACCAUCUGAUACAAGCAUAAUAGCUGUCGAGGCACGAUGAGAAUUCAUAAAACAAAUCGGGGUUUGUGAAGUAAAUUUUUAGACCUUUAGCAUCAUUACAAUUUCUAUUUAUUUUGUUCAAAAUUGCAAUGAUCAUUGGUAUAUUAUUAGUCUAUAUGUAGUAUGCGAAUCCAUGGCAGAAACUCAGACAUAGAUGAAUGGUUUUGCAUCCCUAGAAUGCUAAUCGUUACAAUAAAAGUGAGAGUAACCUUUUCUUGAUUACAA